AUGUCCUCUCUAAAUUCAACAGCAUCAAACUUUUGGAGAAAAUAUUUACUUGGAGAUGGUUUAAAAAAUGGUCAUCAAACUGCCAUUGGUAUUCGUGCAUUAGUCAUUUUAUCAGCAAUUGUUUUAGUUUGGUUUGGUAUUGCUUUGGCCUUGAUUAUUCAUAUUAAAUGUAAAAAAAAUGGUUUGUUAUCAAUUAAUAAUGGACUUCACGAUAGUACAACAAGUAUUCCGAAUAAAACAAAACGUUCGUUAAUUAAAACUCGUGUUAGACGUCAGAUAUCAUUCCAUUCAAUCAAUAAUUUAUUACCACGUUUAAAACGUCGUUUAGUCUGUCAACGACAAACAUCUCAUGUAUCAUUAAAAAAGAAAUCAUUUGAAAAUUAUUCAAAAGAGAAACAAAAACUAUCACCUAGAAGAGCCACGAUCCUAUUUAAGACAAAAAAACAUAGUUCAUUAACCGAUAAACAUGUUAAACGAACAGAUACAAAAAAUAAUCAUAAAGUAGAAAGUGAUAGUUCAAGUGGUGAUGAAUAUACUGGUAAAAAUCAUGAAAAUAAACAUUUUUUAAAUAUUGAAAAAAAUACAACAUCAUCGAUAAGUGAUGUACUUGAAAAGUAUACUCAUGAUGAUGAAAUUAUUAAAUCUAAAACUUGUUUUCCCACUCCGGUCCUACGUGCACAUACAUCUCUUCCGUUGAAUGAAAGUACAACAACAACGACAACAUUUCAAAAAGUUAAUGAAUUAUCAUCUAGUAGAAAGAUUCCAUUAUUAUUUUAUCCAAUUGUUAAACGACCAUUGAAUUCAAAUCGUUCAUUAACUAUGAAACCUGUUGCUUCUGCACGUGAAUUAAGACAACGAGAUGAUAACUGGCUAUGUGUAAUAAACAAUAUUAAUAGUGAAAAAAAUUUUGAUGAUCGUCCUUUACCAUUGGUAAUGAUAACAGACACCGCAUCAAGUCACACAAAUAUUGUUGAAUUAGAUAAUUUUGAAGAUCAGCAUCGUUUAUUAUCAGAUGAUGAACGAUGUAUAAUGAAAGAAUUGAGAGCAUCAUAUAGACCAAGACAUUCGACAUAA